UUCGGACACCGCGCGGCCCGCUCGCGCCAUGCAACACACAACACUUAUCCAUUACAUAAUCCAACACUAAAAACAGUUUCGAACGCCAAACAGUGCAGUGACGUGAGAUAAACAUAACCAGUGAACUGUGAUAUUGACUGUGCUAAUGCGUAUGGUCCUUCGAUGAGCGCGGUCUGCCGAGAAAUGAAACGGAAACGGUGUAACACGUCAGGCGUCGCAUAGUGGCAUUCCGUUCUCGCCAUGCCCUCCGACGACGUCGCCACCAUGCGCUACGUGCUCCUCUGUCUGCUGUCACUAACCUUCAACAGGAACCUUGCAUUCGUCCUCGACAAGCAGAACCCAUACUCGCAGUUUCGCAAGUGGAACGCCGGCCUGAAUGGCACGCUCGAGUUGGAAUUCAAAACGGACCAACCCAACGGUCUGCUGUUGUACACCGACGACGGUGGCACUUACGACUUUUUCGAGUUGAAACUAGUGAAUGGUGUGUUGCGACUGCGAUACAAUUUGGGCGGCGGUGCUCAGAUCAUAACGGUCGGUAGUAAUCUCAACGAUGGACAUUGGCACAAAGUUCAGGUGGCUCGGCGGGACGAACACACGUCACUCAUGGUGGACGGCGUCACCCAGAGCAAGACUUCCCGCGGCAAAGAGUUCGCAUUCGGCAAAUUCAACACCAAUUCUGAUGUGUUCGUGGGCGGGAUACCACCCUCAUAUAAUUCAAAGUUGACGACGCUGGCGCUGCCAUCAGUGAUCUUCGAGCCAAAGUUUCGCGGGGCGGUACGGAACCUAGUCUACUCAGAUCUGCCCGGCCAACCUCCUAGGAGACAGGAGUUACGGCACUCGAGAGACUUGAAGUCCGCUCGGAUCAGCAACGCUAGUGGAGACGCGUGUGAGAGGCGGGACCCGUGUCAGCACGGCGGCGUCUGCAUCAGCACGGAUGAUGGGCCCAUCUGCGAGUGCCGCGACGGGGAUUACGAGGGCGCUUUUUGUGAAAGAGAUAAAGCGCCCUCAGAAGCUACGUUUCGGGGUGCCGAGUUCCUCUCCUACGAUUUAACACAGACGGGAGGCGAACCUAUAGUCAGUACGCAAGACGCUCUUACACUGUAUUUCAAGACUCGCCAGCCGAAUGGGCUGUUGUUUUACACAGGUCACGAAGCUGAUUACCUAAACCUCGCUGUGCGAGAUGGGGGAGUCUCUUUGACCAUGGGGCUCGGCAACGGCAAACAGGAGAUGCACAUCAAACCGGCGAAGACACGGUUCGAUGAUCACCAAUGGCACAAACUGACAGUCCACAGGAGAGUACAAGAGAUUACUCCGCUCACCAGUUUCUGCAGGGUAUCAGCGAUAGUGGACGAUGUGUAUUCGGAACAUUCUCACGUGGCUGGCUCGUUUACGAUGUUGGCCAGCUCCCGGGCACACGUCGGGGGCUCCCUGAACGCGAGGGCCUUGCCAGGGGCGAGGGUGCACACCAAUUUCAUCGGCUGCUUAAAGAAGGUGGAAUUUUCGGCUGACACUCUGCGUCUCAACCUCAUCGAUUUAGCCCGCACUGGUAGUAAACUGAUAACUGUGACUGGGCGUUUAGAGUAUGCUUGCACCGCUUCGGAUACAGCUGACCCCGUAACAUUCACCACUAGAGACGCUCAUUUGAUUUUACCAAAAUGGGAGGCAGUGAAAACCGGAACUAUAUCGUUCAAGUUUCGAACGAACGAACCAAACGGAUUGAUAUUGUUCAACAUGGGCGCAAAACCACCAAGGGCUGAUCUUUUUGCCGUGGAAAUGCUCAACGGCUAUAUUUACGUGCAUGUAGACCUUGGUUCGGGAGGUGUGAGGGUAAGAGCGUCUCGAAGAAGGGUAGACGACUCACACUGGCACGAGUUCUUGUUAAGAAGAAGCGGAAGGGACGGGAGAGUCACAGUGGAUGGGGCGAAUGCUGAAUUUAAAACGCCUGGAGAAUCUAAUCAGUUGGAAUUAGAUGGACCGCUGUAUGUUGGUGGCUUGGGUUCGGAAUAUUCGGCAUCCCGCACGCCCCCUGCGUUAUGGACUGCCGCUCUUAGGCAGGGCUUUGUAGGUUGCAUCAGAGACCUUGUGUUGAAUGGGAAGCCGCAAGACCUCACCGCGUAUGCGCGUCAACAGGAUUCUGCGUCAGUGCGACCAGCUUGUCACGUUUUGAUGAAGCAAUGUGUCAGUUCUCCGUGCCAGCAUGGAGGUGUUUGUUCCGAAGGUUGGAAUCGCCCUCUCUGUGACUGUUCUUCGACAAACUAUGGUGGACCAACUUGCGGAAGAGAGUCGGCUACAAUUCAUCUGAACGGCAGUCAGCAUCUCACGGCUUCGCUGGGACCAGAGCACGUUACACAAACCGAGGAGUUGAUGUUGAGGUUCCGGACGACAAAGGCAGGUCUCUUGCUGCGGACAGCGUCAGAACACUCGGCGGACAGGAUCGAGCUGGCUGUGGCCGCUGGAAGAGUAAGAGCCAGCGUGCGACUGGGAGAUCGGGAAAAGAAUCUCCUUGCUGGCUCCAACGUUGCUGACGAUAACUGGCAUACGGUUAGGUUCUCUCGGCGUGCUUCAAACUUGAAGCUCCAGGUCGACGGAGCUCAGCCAGUGCGCGGUAUGUUAUCUGAAACUAUUUUAGGAAAAGCAUCAACUUUAGCAAUAUCAACUUUACAUUUAGGGGGCUUAUUUCAUCCUGAAGAAGAAAUACAAAUGACAUCUACUCUUCCCAAUUUUGUCGGGUAUCUACAGAAGUUUGUUUUUAACGGCAUAAGAUACAUUGAUAUGGCAAAGACCCUCGGUAUUGGUGACAGUGAUGAGAGCAAUCAUAUCUACGAUACAUCUAACAUUAUUUUCACUGGAACUUUUCGAAAACCAGAUUCCCUAAAUGUUUAUAAAUCUGUCACUUUCAAAUCAAAACAUACAUAUGUUGGUCUGCCUUUACUGAAAGCUUAUGCCAAUACUUAUUUAGAUUUCUAUUUCCGUACAACUGAAAUGGACGGAUUAUUGUUUUAUAACGGAGGAAAGAAGCAAGAUUUUAUCGCCAUAGAGCUAGUGAAUGGUCACAUACAUUGUGUCUUUAAUCUUGGAGAUGGUGUGGUUACAAUGAAAGACAAACUCAAAAACUUUUUGAAUGACAACAGAUGGCAUUCUGUGUCUGUUAGAAGACCGACUCCGAAAAUUCAUACACUCCAAGUUGAUGAGGAUUUGGAAAUGCACACAACAAGUUCUAACUUGAUGCUGGAAUUGGAUAGCGUACUGUUCGUCGGAGGAGUUCCUAAGGAUAUGUAUUCCGCACUGCCAGUAGGAGUACUAUCUCGACAAGGUUUUGAAGGGUGUAUAUCUAGCUUGGAUUUACCUGGCGAGUCACCAUCAUUAAUGGAUGAUGCAGUGGUGCCGAGUUCGUCCCUAGGAUCAGGAUGUGAAGGACCAACAAAAUGUACCCACAAUGCAUGUGCCAAUAAAGGGGUUUGUGUACAGCAAUGGAACACAUACGUUUGUGAUUGCGACUUAACCUCAUUUACAGGACCCACUUGUUAUGAUGAAUCGAUAGCGUACGAAUUCGGACCAGGCCGCGGCAUCAUUACAUACACUUUCCCGCCAAGUUCCGUGGCUGAUACGGAGACCGACAAGGUAGCACUGGGUUUUGUCACAAGCAAAUCAGACGCCGUUCUCCUGAGGAUAGAAUCUUCGAAUACUCAAGAUUACAUGCAGAUGGAGAUCAUACGAGGCAAUCUUUUCAUGGUGUACAACGUGGGUGGUGGUGAUCACCCGCUAGGUGAUGAAGCGGCCAGGGUCGACGAUGGAGCAUAUCAUGUAGCAAGGUUCACGAGAAAUGGCAGCAGAUCGUCCUUACAGUUGGACAACUACGCCGUCAAUAUAAGACAUCCUCAAGGUGGUCAACAAUCGACGAUAUUCAACAGUAUGUCAACGAUAACUGUAGGGGGAGGUGCCGGUGGUGCUAGAACAUUUAGUGGGGUCAUAGCUGGUCUGGUGGUAGACGGGGUCAGAGUGCUGGAACUGGCUGCUGCAGGCGAUCCUUCUGUAUCAGUGCGCGGUGACGCAAGAAGAGCUCAUACACCGCUCGACAGAGAUAUCAAUAGGAUGCAACAGACACCACCCUCAGGGUACGGAGGUCCCGGGGUUUUGGAUGAGCUGGUAUACUCCGGCGCCGGCUCCGGCUGUAGGGAUGAUGAUGAAGAUGCCUGCGUACUCCCCGACGCUGGCUCUGGAGACGACCUAAUCACUCCCGUUUACGUACCCUCGACGAGACGACCGCCUUCAAGGGUGUAUAAGGUUAAGGGUGAUACCAGUGGAAAAUUGAUGAAGCCUUGUGACGAUGAAGAUUGCAUUGAGGGUUCUGGUUCCAACGGCGAAGAGGUCACUGAGCCAGAACAUCCAGCUACUACGUCCGGAGCAAGCAGUACCCAUAGUAUGACAACGCCCACCGCCAGUAUAUCCUCCACAGAGCACGUUGACAAAUCUCUAGAAGGUUCCACGGAUGGUUCUACGGAUACUGGCAGUACCACUAAAGCCGACACUGUACAUACAACGUUACCAGACCAUGAUAAUAUACAAGCUGGAACAGUUGACACUGCUUCAACACCGGAAAGAAGGACUACCCCAACUGACGAACACACGCACACAAGCGGACAUUUUACUCCACCGGCAACAGGUCGCCAUACUCCCAGUGAAACUACUCAUACCACAGAAGACAACCACAUACCAGACUACGAGGACCGGCGAGACAACGAGAUAGAAGCUAGAGUGCCCACCUAUGAAAUAGGAAUGGGGGAGCAAAACAGACUACCUGGUCGCGGUCACCAGGAUUACAACGGCUACGAUAUCACUACCAAGUGGUAUCAGCCGAAGACAACUGAUAAUAGGGUAGUGCCGCCCGAAUCAGAGUUCUUCGCUACUAUUGUAGGUAUAGUGGCAUCAGUGCUGAUAGCAAUAAUACUCAUAGUGAUCAUCGUGCUCAAGUACAUUGUGUUCAAACUCGACCCCUCGUAUAAGGUGACGGAGGACAAGAGUUACCAGCAAGGCGCCAGCGCAGCCCUACUCGGCAAUCAGGCCCACUCAAGUUACCAAAGCGGUGCGUCGAGCGCACCAACGGGUGGAGCAGUUCGGAAUCUCCAACCGCUACCGUUAAACAGAAACGGCGCAGCGCCGCUACCCGUGCCCACGCAGCCCGUCAAACGGGACGGCAUCAAGGAGUGGUACGUCUAAGGACAUAUCAACCAGCCCCGUAGAUGCUUCAAACGCAACCUCGCAGACCCACACCCGACCCUGCUGAUGUAACGAUGCUUAAUUAAGACGAUAAUAUUGUAAGGUUAACUGACUGAUUCGCAAGUGUUUAGUAUUUGUAAAUAUUAAUUAAUUACUGUAAUGUUAUAGAACCACUUGUGCGAUCAGACGUGCGGUUUUUAAUGUUAUCGAUACAUAACGUGACGUCUCGUUAAAUCUGGAAUUGCAUUUGUUUAAAUGUUGUUUUAAAGUUCUUUAGGUUUUUUCAUUGUUGAUUUUUACGUUCGCUGUUAUGAAUAUCAAAGUGUACAUUGCUAUUACGACGUUUUUACGCGAGUAAAAUUUUCUCUCUGCAUUGCCUUUAAUAGUUUAAAUAAGGUUUAUCUUUAGUCGGUUAUAGGGGUUCAUCUGAACUAAUAUCAAAGAGUUGGGACGAGUUUGACGAAUCACUUUUUGUAACUGUAUACAAAAUUUGUAGUUGCAUUUCUAAAUAUUGGUCGAAUCAAUACCAUUAAAAUUUUACUGUAUAAAAUAAGUAGGACAUGCGAUUUAUGUUAAAGAAAUCCGGAAAUCUAAACGAGGAUAUAUCCUUUUAUCAUCAUUUGGAAUUUGAUAUUUUCCAAUGAAUAAGACGGUAAUACAAAUUGGGGCUGCCAUCACGGAAAUGAUGCAUAUCGUUCAACUAAAGACUUCAGUACUUUUACGAUUUCAAUAAUCUCUCCUAUAUUAUUAGGUAUACACUAUUUUUAUUGGUAGAUGGGAUACGGCGAGUAGCAAAUUAGAAAAUGAAAUCAUAAUCAUGAGACUCGUUGAGAAUGGCUUGAAGUUAGGAUGUCAGAACCGUGUAUAUUAUUGUAGAGUGCAUAACAACAUGAGCUUGUAGAUUUGGUAUGAAAGACAUAGAUAUUCUAAUUUUGUUACGAUUGUUUUCGCAGUGAUGAAAUCCGUUGCUCAUCACUUGAUUUUGUGUUGGGUUUUCGAUUAUAUGUUGACAGUUUUACCCGGUUUCUGAAAGGCUGGUUUAACGAUUGAACAAACCCACAAUCCGUAAAAUCUAAUGUUUAUUCUUAAUCGAGUUGCGGAAAGCAUUUUAUCAAUUAAUCACUGGGCCAGUUGACGGAGUUGGUAAAAAAUAAUUCAAAAAUUGUUAUGACAAGCGCAAUUUUGGGUGUCUAGAAUUUAAGCCAUAAGUUACCGCUGCACUAAAUUGACAAGCAUGUUAGUUGAAUAAUGAUUUGGUAAACCUUUCAGAAACAGGGAACAAUAAUAAUCUUUUAAUAUAAUAUAAUAUCCCUACUAUCCCAAUAUUUUUUCCACACACUUACUUACAUUUUAUAGCAAGGAAAUAAAUAUUAUGUUUCUAUAAUAUCAUACAGAAACUGGAUACAAUGUCAUGCAACUUUUAAAUAAUUAUACUUAUUGGUGUACCCCAAGGCAAAGUGCUAUGACCAUAUCUGUACAUGCAACUGUUGAGUUGCAUGUACAGAUAACUUAUACGAAAUAAAAUUAUGUUAUUUUAUUUUGGGUCUCAUCGUAUAUCCUAAUCUUCUCCUCCCAAAAAAUUUUCUUAUUCCUAAAUAGAUUUGCA